UUUGUCCUUUCAAGGCUUCCGUUAACGUUUCUUGUGACGGCGGCAUUUUGAAAGUUCGGCGCGAUCAUCCCACGUCAUUAGUUCCUGUUCACAGUGAAAAGCAGCAUGGCUGAAUUCACCACCCCCCAGAUGUCCAGAAUGAGAAGUGUCAGAAGCGGGGGAAGAAGCCCCAUCCACAUACCGGCUUCACCGUUUAUGAAGAAGCUUGGCUGUGGAACGGGUGUCAGCGUCUACCUGAUGGACAGAGUAGGGCAGGUCAACGCUUCGCCUUGGGCCAUCAAGAAGAUCAACAGCAAAUGUGCCAGCAAACAGGCUGAGGUCUACCAAAAGCGUCUGAAGGAGGAGGCAAAAAUCCUCAAGGGAAUCGACCAUCCAAAUAUUGUCGGAUUCAGGGCAUUGGCCACGGCCAAAGAUGGCUCCAAGUGUCUGGCCAUGGAGUUUGGAGGAGAGCAGUCCCUCAACGACCUCAUCGAGAAGCGCAGAGAAGACCGUCUUAAGGCCUUUCCUGCCGCUGACAUUGAAAAAGUGGCGCUUCAUGUCGCCCGCGGGCUGCAGUAUCUUCACAACGAGAAAAAACUGCUGCACGGCGACAUGAAGUCAUGCAACGUGGUUGUCAGGGGCAACUUCGACGCCAUCAAGAUCUGCGAUGUGGGCGUGUCCCUCCGGCUGGAUGAGAACAUGACAGUGUCAGACCCGGAGGUGGAAUACAUCGGAACGGAGCCCUGGCACCCCAAGGAAGCAUUAGAGGGGUGCGAGAUCACAGACAAGGCCGACAUCUUUGCCUACGGCCUGACCUUGUGGGAGAUGAUGACCCUGGCCGUGCCUCACAUGGACCUGCUGGAGCAUGACGAUGAAGAGGAGCAGGACGAAGACGAGGCGAGCUUCGACGAGGACGCCUACUACUCACGGCUGGGCACGCGGCCGCCGCUAGAUCCCGAGGCACUGGGCGAGUCCUACAGGAGGAUGCUGGAGCUCUUCUACGUGUGCACCGAGGAGGACCCCAAGAGGAGACCUUCGGCCACGCAGAUUGUGCAGGCGCUGGAAGGCAACUCGCUCCUUCACCAAAAGUAGAGCAGGCGGUGAGGUUUGAGCAUCCUUAUCAAUGUCUAUUUGUCACCGUUUGUCGUCAUUCUUGGAUACAGUAAACACAUUUACCUGCCCGAUUACGUAUCUGGCACUUCAUCGGAUACACCGUCACGACACGAGCUCGGUCCAAAUUUACGCGGAUAGUGCUCAGUUUUGAUUGACAGUCGGAGGGGAAAUCAUUUUUAAAGUUCAAUGUGCUUUUUGUGUGCAGGUACAUGCACUAUGAGAAAUAUUUAAAAAAUGUCUCCUAAUGUCCACCUCAAAUGAUUUUUUUAUCACAGGAAUUGUUGAUCCAGCUCCAAUGUGAUUGAAUUGAAAACGUGUACCGAAUUUUCGAAGAUUAACUGGUUGCCAUAUAUGCUACAUUUACAUGAUAUUAAAGCGAAUUUUCUUCCA